AUGGAAGAAGUGAAGAAGACACGCUUGCUCGUCUCUGCUGUUAACGCUGCAAGCCACACUCGCUUCGUUCACCACAUCCUGCCCAAGGAGCCACGAGACUUGAACUGGACGGCCACGGUCGAAACGCUCAAGAUGCUAUUCGGCACCAAGAAAAGCAUCUUUCGUCGCCGUUUCGAAUGUUUCCGGAUGAAGUUUUCGCCGAUUGAAGACUUCUAG